UCAAAACAGAUAAUACCGUAUAAAAGUAUACUUACUGAAGAAGCUACCCAAAUACCUGCUGUAGUUUUUCUCCAAUCCUUGCCAAUUAAAAGCAUUUAGUGCGCGGUGUUCAGUUCGCGAAUGGGAUUCAAAUUCAAACAAUUUUCUCACAGAAAUCAUCGCAGAACCCAUCGCGAAUCCGCAGCUUCCAAGAAUGGAAAAUUCUACCAAAAAACAACUCCUCUUGGAAAACCUUCUCACAGCCACUGACGUAAUAUUCGAAUCAAGUCUAACUCUCGAGCAACUAUCAUCGAUAAAAAUACUCGUCGUACUAUGGAACAAAAAACCCAUCAGAGAAAAAUUACUCUUCGUGGCUCUAGAAUUCACCGAUUCGCAAUCCCCAUCCAAAUCAACAAUAUGGCAAGAAGUGCUACGUCAAAUCGCCAUCUACAUUGGUAAAUUACAUUUACCCACGAUGAUCUCUCGAAAAUUAUGGGAUAUCAAUAACUACAUCAGUAAAUCCCUGCUGUACUGGCUGGUCCAUACUUACUCGACGUUUUACCAUAAUUCCGAUCAUAUGGACCCUACUACCUGGAAAUCGUAUUUUUACACCACUCUAAAUUUAUUCUGGAACGCUCUCUGCAAAUCGAAUAUUUACGAGAUGGAAUUUUGUAACGACGCCGAAACUUGUACUAAGUUCCAAAGUCCUUUCCUAUCCUUAUGGUACAAUAUACCGAAAAGCUUGGAGAAUCGAAUACAUCUGGAUGCCAACAUGAUCGCCUUAGUUUUGUAUUUCCUGCCUUGGAAUGUAGGUCAGCACGUUAUCCAUUACACCAUUCACAAAAUCGACGAUUCCCAAAAGAAGGACGUCAUUACAUCGAAAUACGGUAGGCUAAAGUGCAUAUUUUUCAUUAAACACAACGAAUGGCAAUUCUAUAACUUAUACACCUCUUACAUGUUAUCCAAUAAGGAAGAAUUAUUCAAAUAUAAACAAUACCUGAUUCGAGAAGAAGGUUUAAACACGUCUGUUCAUUUUUUCAAACAUAAGGCCAUUAAAAAUGGCACAGAGUAUUUACAAUUCAGUCAAAAGGUCGAAAACGAGCUCUCUGAUAAAGAUUUCUUUAUCAGAUAUUUCAUCAAGUACAGGUAUUGGGAUUUGUUGGAAAUUUACAUGUGUUUAUUUUGCAACCAAAGUGAUCGAUACGAGGUUAAAAAAUCCUUAUUGUGUGAAAACGGUUUCCAAUUUUUGGAAGUGUUGAUUCAGAGCACAGGUUGGUCUAUUCAGAAACACUUUCUUGCAGAGUUUUUCACUAAAGAGGAUAAAUCUGAUAAAUCUAAUAGGCAGCUCUUGAGGAGAUAUUUUUUUGAGAAAUUACGCCAGCAGAAGGAUGACGAUGAUAGUGAUUUUGUUGCAAUGGUUAAUUUUAUUAAGUGGAGUACAGAAGCAGACGCUGGAUUAGAUGAGGAAAAUUUAGCACUGUUGGGUGAAGUUAUGUCGAUAUAUUUUAAAGAUUUAGAUGCUAGAAAGGUCGAUGAUUUGCUUAGUACUGUUUUUCAGUCUGAUAAGGACUUGGUACAAGAGCAAUUUCGAAAUAAAUACCUGAACAAAGGUAGGAAUGGUAGGAUUCAAAUUGUUUGAAUUUAUUAUUGGAUUUUUUUAAAUUUUAUACUUGCAAUUUGUAAACGCCGAAUGGUGUAUUUUUUUGAUGGGAAAAUAAUCACAUAGAUUAAUUUAGCCAACUGAUAUCAUAAGUUUAUGCGCACGAAGCGUUUUUUAAAAAUAUUUUUAUUAAAUGAAAGGUCCUACAUGGAUCAAUAAAUAAUUUUUGUAUUUAAUUUAUGCUGGUUUUUUAAUCAUAAGUGUAAAAUCCACACUGGGUAAUUUGUUAUCAAUUUUUACGAAUAAAGUUAUUUGUGUUAUUGGAUAAAAUUUA